AUGAAUCAACGAACAACUGCUGCAGUUCGAAGACAAGCCGAAUAUACAACACCAUCCGAAGUGGUAACUGGAGUAAGACAAGGGGCAGUGACAGGAGCCUUCCUGUUCAACUUCGCUAUCGACGACAUCAUGCAAAGAACAGUCGAUCAGUGUCCUGCCGAGAUCGUCUUAGCACCAUCAGGGUGCCCCUUGGCUGAUAUCGAGUACGCCGACGAUGCUGCUAUAUUCGCGGAAAGCACUACGAAACUUCAAUAUGUUUCCAACCUUGUAUCGAAGUUGGCUGCUGCCUCUGGAUACUCCUGA